AUGGCUUCUGUGCUAUCGGACUGUGGGGUCGACUUGGACGUGGCCCAGCUUGUUAUCAUGGGUCUCUACUUUGUCUUGUUCAUUCCUGCACUUCUACUCAACAUCAUGGCAGCCUGGAUCUCCUGGAAGCUGAAGAACAAGUCCUCCUUCAUCGUGUACCUGAAGAACCUUGUUGCUGCUGACCUACUGAUGACCUUGACUUUACCUAUGACAGCAGCAGACCGGAUCCCUGGUGUACCAGUGACACUGAGAGCAUACAACUGCCAGUUUGGACGUGUGCUUUUCUACCUCUGCAUGUACAUUAGCAUUGUCCUGAUGGGUGUCAUCAGCCUGGACCGCUUCUUCAAGAUCGUCCAGCCAGGUGGGAAACGUCUUGGCCAGAGUGCCCUGUUUGGGAAGGUGGUCUCUGCUAGCAUUUGGAUAGUCCUCUUCAGCAUACAGGCCGUUCCCACAAUGGUACUGACUAACAAACCACCUGAAAAUAACACUCGGGCCCUGUGCAUGGACAUGAAGACUGAUAUGGGCAAACAAUAUCACACAGGGAUAAUUAUAUUUUGCCAGAUCGUUUUCUUUGUUCUGUUGAUCAUCAUCGUAUUUUGCUAUAUAUGCAUUGCAAAACGAGUCAUUGAAUCACACCGUAACUCUGGUAGUGUGAAUACCAAUGGAAAAAGGAAAAUCAAAGCCCGGGUGUUCAUCGUUCUGCUCGUGUUCCUGGUGUGUUUUGCUCCCUACCACAUCACACGCCUUCUCUACGUCCCUCAACAGGUGAAGAACAGGAUCAACUGCCAGUGGGCCUCGAUGAAUGUCGCUAAAAAUAUCACCCUGUGGCUGGCCACCACCAAUGUCUGUCUGGACCCCCUCAUUUACAUUUUGCUGUGCAAAGCCUUUCGUAAGAAGUUUUAUGAGGUCAAAACAUCAAGUUUCCGCCACAACCGAGGACAUCAGUGAAGACAUUAGGAACACCUGGAUACAGUAGCUUGGAGCGUGGGCCUAGGCGUAAUAGCUUACUGUUGCUUAACAUU